UGCCCAGUUGUAUUUUUCACACCCUAUGGAACUAGCAAAACCAAGGCAUUGAACGGACGCCUGUUAUUUUAAUGAAUACAGAUUUAGGAUUUGCAUCGUUAAACCGAGGCAGACAGCGACUACCUUAGCGCUUAGUUAUGAAAUGAUCUCCCCUGCAGAGGGUAAGUGGUAGCGGCCAAGCGGCAGGCUACGUCAUCCAUUGUUUACAAACCCAGGCAGGCCGGUGUGAGCUUGUUCCCCGGCUGGCGGUGCAGAGCUGAGCUCCUACUCCGCCCGCCUGCCUGCCAUGCCGUGCCGCAAGGAGAGCUUCCUGCUGCUUGAGCAGUCCGUCACCGUAGGCUCCGGGGAGGUGGACACCCUGGUAGCCCGGAUAGGGGAAGCUCUGCAGCUCAAUGCCCAGCGAGCCCCGACCUCCUGCAGCAUGGCUUAUGGGGCGCUUAAGCCGGUGGCCCGGGCGGCCCCCUCUUGCUCUUGUGUGAGGGGCAGGAGCACGCCGUACCCUGUGUGUACCCCGAGGGGAGCCGGCCGCCUUGCCCAGCACCACUCUCCCCGGCAGCAGGGCACCGGGGCUAACAAGCGGCUGUGCGGAAGGGGAUGGGGCCGGUGUAGCUGCAGGAAGCAUGCGGGGACGGAGGAGGAAGAUCCGCACGAACUGCUCCAGGAGCUGCUGCUCUCAGGAAACCUCAUCAAAGAGGCGGUCAGGCGGCUUCAUAUGGCCGGGGAGAGCCCUGACCCACCGGGGCCAUGCAAAGCGUCCGAGCCCACUCAGGCAACCGUGCAGUGACCGCAGCAAUGGCACCAAGAGCAGAUGUGCCCCUACACCUGCAGAGCCAAUCUGCCCCUACACCUGCAGAGCCAAUGUGCUCAGAUCUGCCCCUACACCUGCAGAGCCAAUGUGCUCAGAUCUGCCCCUACACCUGCAGAGCCAAUGUGCUCAGAUCUGCCCCAUAUUUGUAUGGGGAUUGUGGGCUUUGCUUAGAUGGACUCUUUGUAGGGGGAAUAUGGACUGUGCACACAUAACUGCCCCCUACCUGUAUGGGCAAUAUGAACUGGGCUCAGAUCUGCUCUUCAUCUGCAUUUCGGAAUAUGUGCACAACUGCCCUUCUUUGCAUCGAAAAUAUGGACUGUCUUACAGAUCGGUACAGGCCAUGUCUUGCCCACACAGCAAAUGAGAAUUGGUCAGUAGGUUCCCUAUCACAGCUAAUGGGCACAGUAUGCAGUAUAUCUGCUUUCCAUGGACACCGCAGUUCAUGUCUAUAUGAAUAUCUGCCCUUCACGGACUCAGAAGAUGGGGACAAUAAGCAAAUCUGCCCUUUACCUAGACAGCAGACGGGGACUGUGCCCAAAUCUACUUGGUUCCAAAGCAAAUAAACAAUACCGGCUCCCAAAUAUCUCAUGAUGGCUCUUUUGUUCCUGCCAUGGAUUGCAGUCAUUCCUGUUCUCCCUAGUGCUGGAUCCUACUUGGUGGAGCAGAUGGGUGGCAGACUCCUAAUAUCGACUGCAUAGAGACUGGCAUGCUGAUAUUGCAGGGGGGCUCCGACGGGUCUUGCUAUCAGCCUAUGACACUUUAUAAGAACUGCACCUUUGUUUUUCUCCCUAGUGGCAGAUAUGUGCACCUCACCUCUGACUGACAACUGCAUUCAUCAUAAUGAAAUAAUUCUGCGAAUGCCGGGGGGGGGGGGGGGUAAAUGGUGUUCCAUGACCAGGAGUGCAAAAUAACCAGCUCCUGAUAUCAAAAGGUCUCAUAACUGUUUAUUUGGCAUCUCUGACUGUUUCAUUCUUGCUGGCACCACCUAACUGCAUCAGAUUCUAGGGUGCCAGCUUGAUCCAGUGCUUUUUACAACCAAGCCAUUUCCUAAAUGUAACAAAUAAUGUGUUCCCUAGUCACAGAAUGGAAAUAGGUCUAGCUCUCCUCCUACAUCAUAUACACAAGACCUACUAUGAGCACCAAUUUAGACCCCACCCCCAUCCAUGGUUUGCUUACUAUUCCUAACCCUGCUCCUAUUUUGUAGGUUUGUAAAUGUUGUUUAAACAAAGGCUGUGAGACCUCAGGGACAAGUGAUCAAGGAUCAGCUACUGCCAAUUACCACAACCACAUCAACUGCUAACAACCUUGAAUACAUUUUGCUAUAUCCAGUUCUACAGUGGGCCGCUCACACAGAAUUUGUCCCCUUUUUUUUGAUAACUAUUUUGGUCAUGUUUACAGGUUACUUGAACUAUUUCAUACAAUUCUCCUUGAAUUAUUGCGAAAUUGAGCUGGCCAAGAAAAUAUCUGGUGCUACUAGUUCUGGCAUUGGGCAAACAUUUUAUUUUUAUUUUGGUUGUACUUUUGGACUAUAAUGAUAAACUUUGCUGACAAGCCUCGUGUUGCAGUUUCCUAUGUUUGGUUCAGACUGGGUGCAUUGCAACAAUUCAGCGGCCUGGCACGUGCUUCUGCCCCAAAUAAACCUGUUGUGGAAUGGCUGCAGGAGUAGUCUGAGCAGGGAGCACAUGUUUUCCCUUAUUUGGUGUUAUGUAAUUGUUCUCUGCUUCUUGUUUACAAUGUUCAAGGGGAAGACUGGCUUGUGCUCAUAGUUCUCUCUUCCUCUCAUUAUCUGGGAGUGUUUAUUGGCACUACUUCUUCAAGGUCACUCCUGCCAGAUCGGUGGCACAGCCUAGGAUGAUAAUUUUGUUUUUUUUUAUAUUCCAAACAAAUGUGAAACUUGGCACAAAGGUUUUGCUGCCAGAAUAGCCCCUCCUCCUGUAUUUAAAAAAACAAACAAAAAAACCUUUUAUAUUUUCCUGUUUGUAUGUUGGAUAUCCCUCACUAUGAACUGAUUUGCUAAUCUGGGUAGUUUCCUUUUGGAUUACAUGCCUAUGCAUCUAUGUGUGUGCUGGGCUUCUGGGUCACGUGGUGUUACAAACUGGUGCUGUGUGCUGUUUUUCAUGUGUUGGUCAGUUACAAAAAACAAAGUGUAGACUGUUAUAAAUGUCCUAUUUUGACGAGUCACAGAAAUGCAGAUUAUUCCAGAAUGUGUGUAUAACCUUGUCUCAUAGUUAGGCCUGAUGCUGCCAUUAAGCACUGCACUGCCUCACUCUUCCACUCAAGCAUCUAAACAUGCACAACCUCCUUGUACGCAAACACUAAAGGGCAGCAUAUCCAUCAGCCAAGACUCCUUUUUUAUAUCUGCUAUAUAACCUUAAAUUAAACAAGUUAGGUCUGAAACUGUAUGUCAUAUACUGUUGCUAUGCCCCCUAUGAGUUUACGGGGGGGGGGCAUAUUGCUCUGCAGAUGUUGCACUACAACUCCCAACACCUUCUUACAGCCUUCUGCUGUUGGUUGGUGUUACAAGUUGUAGCUCAACAUAACCUGCAAGGUCAACCUUUUUGUAAAUCAGCAUCAGACUUCUAGUUUUACUGUACAUAUGUAUGCUGAUGUUAUUUAAGAGUCUCAGUGUGGCAGUUGCAUUUAGUUAAUGCCAUUAUUUAUAUUUAACAGUGUCUGGGCCAUUACAACCCCAUCACUGGGCCACCAAUUGAAUAAGCAUUUUUUUAAAUCUUAAAUGGUAGCCACAUUGGCCAGAGAAUAUUUUGAUUUGAGCUUUUGAUGCUUGUUUAAGGUUCACAUGUAGUUAAAUGGUAGCUGAAGCUGUGAAAUGAGACACAAAUGAUGGAAACUAAAAUUUACAUCAUGAAAACACAAACAUUAACCCCAUGCCUCAUGUACAUUCUACUACAACAGUAAGGAGAAAAGUUAACCAGCCCCCUUACUAUUGUUUCUGUAUAUGUAAACCCAGAGAGACCUUAUUUCUUUGCCUGCUAUGCUAUAUGGAAGGCUAAAAUGUGAAUAUGGAGUGAUGCUGACUGAUAUUGUUGCUUUGUUUCUUACUGCAUCGUGGGUUGAUUUGACACAGUGACUCUUUUUACAGUCAGUCUCCAACCUCAUCUUUAGCAGAGGGGCUCUCAUUUGAAACCUCUGUCCCUUUUUUUUUUGAGAAUUUGUUCGUGUAAGCUAACAAACAAGCUCGAACCAAUGGCCAAAUUCUGACUGAUUUGGCACCGUUGGAAAGUGUACCCUUCGUAACGAAGUGUUGUUGAUUGCGUUCCUGGAGUCUCAGGAUUUAUGAAUAAAAAUAAACAUGAUUUCUUAUAA